AUGAUGAAACGAGGAUUCUCUACAAAAGUAAGGCGUUUACAGACUGCACUUGCUAUAUCACUUGUGUUAAACGUUGUGCUUCUACGGGCACUCUACCUACAGAAAGGUUAUCAAGCUUCUGUUGCUGAUUCUGAAGAGGCGAAGGAUGUGUCAUCAUCUAUGAUUACAACCUCUGCUUCUCAGGUGGGUUCUGUUAGGGGCCAGACCUCUGAUAAGUAUAGAGGUGAGGACGGGUGGAUAGGCGUUCUGGAGCGGGUCCCUGUACGAACACUUAAUACUUUCUAUAAUCCAGACGAAGAUGAAGAACUUUUCAAGCACCCGAAACGAUAUGCGAGAAGUCCUGUUCCCAAGGGAUCAUGGAAGGUUCGUAUUGCACCUGGGCGUGUUUUAACUAUGGAUGAAGUGGCCUUUGCUUAUGACCUAUGGUUUGAGGAAAAUCGUAUUUUUUCAACCUUGAGUUGGUUCGGAGUACAGAUGCAACAAGACCCCAGUGAUGCAAUUGUAAUUCAAGAUAUGCUGUGGCGUGUAAAACCAGAUUUAAUUAUUGAAAUUGGAACAAAUACGGGAGGUAGCGCUAUAUUUUACGCGACAGUUAUGAAAGCCUACAACCCUCAGGGGAAGAUAGUUACCCUUGAUGUUAAACCGGUUAGUAAUUGGGUAAAAUCACAGGUAACUGCAAGAUGUAUGGGAUGUAUUUUGGGAACUGAACACCCAUGGUGGAAUGACGGGAUGAUUCACUUCAUUAAUGGAAGAAUAACUACACCUGAAGUACAGUCUAUGGUAGAUCGUUUUGCUGCGAACGCCUCUACAGUUGUUGUUAUUGAAGAUGCUUCACACCGUUAUCCAGACACACUUCAAAAUAUUCAGGCUAUUCAUAAAUACGUUACACCAGGGUCUUAUCUUUUGGUUCAAGACACAAAAAUGGAUCGUUUUGUUACCGCCGCUGGUGCCCGACAUGGUAAUUAUCGUUAUGGACCGAUGCGUUCAAUUGAUGAGUUCCUCGCCAAGAACAAGGAGUUUGUAAUAGAUAGAAGGUUUGAAUACCUUCUAUAUUCUCAACAUCACCGUGGCUUUCUUCGAAAACUAAAGCGUGGUGAAACUGCUUAA